AUGGCGGAACUUGAAAAUCGUCUCAGUAGUACUUUCAGGAGUUCUGGUUCGAUUCCGAGUCUCGCGCAGAUUUCCAGCAGCCCAACAACAUGGACGGAUGACACGCCCACUCCCCGAUUCCCGUCCGCGUUGUUUCUGGAUGCUGACUGCUAUGAGUGGGCCAGAAUGAAGUUACUGAGGUCAACAACUGCGAUUCCCAAGGAUAUUCUUACGAUCCUUAACCAAGGGAAUGGGAUCCUGGAAAUUUAUCAAACUUAUUUCAAUACCAUCCAUUGUUGGAUGCCUAUUAUCUCCAAGAAGCGGAUAGACCUUGGUAUCCUGUUUCGGGAGGGUGGGCCGGAUCUGGCGAUAUUGCUUCUUGCAAUGAAGCUGGUUACUACAUCUCUUGACCUAACAGGAAACUUGUAUAGGACUGUCAGAGAGUUUUUCCUUGCUCUGGAGGCGGAUAAUAUGGUGUUACUACACUUUCUUCAGGCUAUGAUCCUGGUCGCUCUCUACAAAUAUAGCCACUCUAUCUAUCCCGCAGCAUGGAUGACAGUUGAGGCUUGCUCUCGAUAUGCAGAUAUUAUUGGGCUCUCGCUCUCAGGACAGUGCUUGAGCUCUAUAGGGAGUAAUAAAUACUUUGACUCGGGAGAUUUUGCGCUCUCUGCAGCUCAUAGGAUGGCUGACGAGGGCGCAAUUCAAACAGGAACAUCCCAUCCAAUUCGUGCCAGCAUUUCACAUCCCUUUUCCCCGGUUCCCAACGCUAGCAAUGUCAGUAGGGACGCGAACAAAGACGUACUUACACAAGGCAAACAUCCACUUUCCAAGAUGGUGCAUGGCCACCUCCGCAACGAACUCAAUGAUGGGGAUGUCAAAGCAGAGGACACUGGAGAAAUUGCCGCACGGGCAACGAUCGGCGAUGAUUGA